CCCAGCUGUUGCUAGCCAGGUAUUCGUGCUACGGGGACUGUCAAAAGGUUGACACCCCGCUUUGAUAUCUUUGCUCCUGCAGCUUUAGGCUACGCGGCCUGCACGAAGGAGCAGUCAACAGUAGGCUAUUAGCAAGCAGACGUUUUUUUGUGCUUGGGCAAUAUGCAUUAGCGCAGUUUCAUUAUAUUUAUUAUUUCUAAGUGAUGUAGGCGUAGUAGCCUACCAGCUCCAUUUUAGGCUGCCAGGUCCUAUUCCUGUAGGGCUAUUGUGUGGAUGGAUGGAAACCUGUAGGGGGAGGAGGAGGUGACUGCGAAGCGAGCAGAUAAGAGAAUUGGCUUAUUGGCUUGCUCCUGCCUGGAGCUCCUAUUUUAUCAGGAACAAGAGGUAUUGCCGUUUGUUUUACAGGCCGAAAAACUACGACAUCGCAUCCAGCAGCAUACCGAGAGGACGGUAGCAUGAUAGUCGUGGAGGGGAAUCGGCAGGAAGAGGGCCCGUAUCUGCAUUUUACUUCGCCUACACCGAAUUCAUUGAGUCGGUAACCAGCGUCCGACAUGGGGAAGGAGGUAAAUGGUGUUUCGCGGAGCCGGUUUGAGAUGUUCACAAACAGUGAUGAGGCAGCCAUCAAUAAGAAGCUGCCUAAGGAGCUGUUGCUACGAAUCUUCUCCUUUCUGGAUGUGGUGACACUCUGUCGCUGUGCCCAGGUCUCACGGUCCUGGAAUGUUCUGGCCUUGGAUGGCAGCAACUGGCAACGAAUCGACCUCUUUGACUUUCAGAGGGACAUUGAGGGCCGGGUGGUGGAGAACAUCUCAAAGCGAUGUGGGGGGUUUCUUAGGAAGCUGAGCCUGCGGGGUUGCUUGGGUGUGGGUGACAGCGCCCUGAGGACUUUCUCACAGAACUGCAGAAACAUUGAGCUGCUUAGUCUGAACGGCUGCACCAAGAUCACUGACAGCACCUGUAAUAGCCUCAGUAAGUUCUGCCCAAAGCUGAAGCACCUGGACCUCGCCUCCUGUACCUCAAUCACCAACCUGUCCCUCAAAGCUCUGAGUGAGGGUUGUCCCCUGCUGGAGCAGCUCAACAUCUCCUGGUGUGAUCAGGUCACCAAGGAUGGCAUCCAGGCCCUGGUGCGUUGCUGUCCUGGACUCAAAGGCCUUUUCCUUAAGGGAUGCACACAGCUCGAGGACGAGGCUCUGAAGCAUAUCGGGGGUCACUGUCCAGAGCUGGUCACACUCAACUUGCAGACAUGCUCACAGAUCACAGAUGAGGGUCUCAUCACAAUUUGUCGGGGUUGUCACCGCCUGCAGUCUCUCUGUGUGUCGGGCUGUGCCAAUAUCACAGACGCCAUCCUGCACGCCCUGGGACAGAACUGCCCUCGCCUCAGAAUAUUAGAAGUGGCUCGCUGCUCUCAGCUUACAGAUGUGGGCUUCACUACAUUAGCAAGAAAUUGUCACGAGCUUGAAAAGAUGGAUUUAGAAGAAUGUGUGCAGAUCACAGAUGGAACACUUAUCCAGCUGUCUAUCCACUGCCCUCGUUUGCAAGUCCUGAGUCUGUCUCACUGUGAGCUGAUCACCGAUGACGGCAUCAGACACCUCGGCAGUGGCCCCUGUGCUCACGACCGUCUGGAGGUGAUCGAGCUGGACAACUGCCCCCUGAUCACAGACGCCUCCCUGGAGCACCUUAAGAACUGCCAUAGUCUGGAUCGUAUCGAGCUCUAUGACUGCCAGCAGAUCACCCGCGCCGGCAUCAAGAGACUAAGGGGUGGGAGCGAUCAGGCACAAUCUUUCCUGCACGCCUCAGGGUCCUGGAGGGAUGGCAGAUUGCAGCCAAUCACCUUCUCAGCAGAGCGGAUGAUACGCUGCAGUCUGCCCUUGUCCUUGGUUGUGGCAGCAGCGUCUUGGGUGGUGAUGGAGCAGACCCACCUGCCUAACAUCAAAGUGCAUGCAUACUUUGCUCCCGUCACUCCGCCCCCCUCUGUCGGGGGCAGCCGUCAGAGGUUUUGCCGCUGCUGUGUCCUGCUAUGAUGUAAAGACAACAACCCCCUCCUUUCCUCGUACACGCUCCCUUCAGCCUGUCACUUGACCCCUGACCUGCUGCCCCCCUCCCGGCGCCCUGUCAUAGAGUACGUGCUGGUGUGUCCCCCCUUUUGGAGCUGCAGAGAGAGGGACAAAGCCAAAACAUGCUACAAGGUCUUCGGUAACGUUCCCAAAAACAUUCCCGAAUCUCUCCACCACACAAAUACAGUAUAGACACAACAUACUACCAUGCACAGAUUAUCUCUUAAAAGAAUGCCAGAACAUUCCUGGUCUGUGUUCAGUGGACAAAUCAGUAUUACAAAGAGGGUUAUGUAAAAAUCAAAUGUGGUCACCACUUUUAAGGAAUUCAACUUUUCAUCAAAUGGAAGUAAAGAAGAAUCUUCACAUCUAAAACCACUGUUCUGUAUUUUAGGGGAAGUGAUCCUCUUCUCUUAUUCAACACUUUGAGACAGAUUACAGGUCUAGCCUCUAAACAGAAUAUUGAAAAGGCUGAAAAAUCCCUCUUAACCUCUCACACAUAGUUCCCUCUGUGUUGAAGGUCACUUAACAGCUACCUCUAGAUGGGAACUGCUUUGUUCUGCUGGCUGUUUAUUUCAAAAAGGAGCAGCGAUGCAGCCAGUAAACUGCAGACACCUCCAACACACAGAAAGCAGGAAGAAAGCCUAGUUUGGGGGAUUAAAAAAAUAAAAAACAUACUUGCAGCUAUUUGCACUUACAGUAAAGCAAUGAUGAGACACUUUACAAAGACAACCAUCUCAGAAUUCAAGACUGCGAUUUACUAACACACACAACACAUCUUCAUGCACACACUGAGCUUGCUACACCUGUACCCUCACCUCUCUCUGUGUCUCUGUUACAAUCAGAAGCUUCAAUAUACUGAAGACAAAAAAAGACAAAGUUUAAUAUUUUUCUAAAAAAAUAAAAAAAAAAAAUAAAAAGAAUGGACACCAAUUUAGACUCACAAGUGGGGACUUGAGAAGAUGCCAAAUGUUGCAUGUAACAACUCUAGUUUUUUAAAAUCUAAUUGUAAAUAUAUAUGAGGACUGUGGAGUCUGAGAGUCGAAGCCAGCUAAACGACAGAUGAUGAUAUGAGAUGGGGCAGAGAUUUCGGUCGAUGGGUCUUUCAGAGGGAACUAUGGUGAAGCUCACACAUGUUUGUUUUAAGUGUGUUAGAUUAUGUGCUGGAGCUUUGGACAGUCAAAAUGAGCCACCACUUAAUCUGGAGUUUGACAGAAGAACUGAUGCUGGGCUGGGAAAGCUCAUGUCAACAACAGAAAAGUUGAGUUCUGACAGAAUGGAGAAAAAACAAGUCUGACAUCACUACAUGAAUUCAUGCUGUCAGACCAGAACAAUGGAAAGAAAAAGCCAACUGAAAACAAUCAAAGUUCGUCUAUUUUCAGUUGGGGAGAUUUCAUUUAGUUGCUCUUGUUUUUGCAUCGGUGACGGUUCUGAUGACAAGGAACUGGUGAACCACGCACAGCAGUGAGAGGAUGUCGGAGUGGCAUCAGCGACUCCUCGACUCCUAUGAGGCCUUGCAGGGGACAAAGUGACAGCGUGUUACACCCUGUUACCACCUGUUCACUCCUCCGUCUGUCUGCUACCAGUGACGCUGCCGGAGGUAUACAGCGCAUCAGACCAAUGGAGUCACUGAAAGAGGAAGUCAGCUGAAUCUUGAGCGCGCAAUUCUGGCCUGAUAUGACAGACUGAUUAAUGGACUUCGGCCCCCCCGCCCUAUAAAGUAUUGAAGCCUUUUCUUAUGGAUUAUCUUCUCCUGCACUUGCACCUGCUUUAUUCUCUUUUUUUUUUUUUUCUUUUUUCUUCCCAUUUCCUUUUUUAUAAAUGUCUUUUACUGCUUUUCUUUCUGAUUCCCUCUGGAUCUCUACCUUUUCUCUUCUUUUGCAUUUCUGUUUUGGUGUGGUUUGAAUUGCGCCUGCUUUGUGUUUGAAGUCAUGAGUUCAGUUUCUCCAAGUUGAGUUUGAGCCCUCUUCCAGUCCUCAGUUUUGAUCUGAUGGUGUUUGUGUUUUUAUUACGAGUUUAUUGUUACUAAAUGUCCAGAGUGUAGCCUUUGUCCAAGGUAAGAGUUGGCGCCAGUGCAAUUGUAAUAAAUGUUGAAAUUUGA